CAUCAUUGUUAAAAGCAGCCUUUUGAUUAUUUGAUUUUCUGUUUUUGGUUGUCAUUCGGGUUCAUUGAAAACUUCAGACUCACUCCUUGUUCCCUCAUUUCGCACGCGAGGAACAUCUCCACAUUAGUUUUGGCGCUCCAUUUGCUUUGUGGCAUCUCUUCUUCCACCUCAAUCCACUUCCACCCUCCUAUACUUCUCUGAUUUAGCAUUCUAAAGAUACAUCCCGUGCUUGACAAUGUCUGAAUCCACCAAUCUGUCUCCAGCCGAUCUGCUUCGCGAGAAGCGCGAAGCCGCCGCCGCCGCCGCUGCCUCGCUCGCGUCCCCGGCCCCACCCGCUAGCGUCACCGAGCCUACCGCCGUCGCCGCCGUCGCCGAAGACGGCUCUCAACUUUCUGUCGCGGACGACGAAGGCCCCGCAGAUCUGACCUCGUCGAUGACGACUGCCGACACCGCCGCAUCCUCGCCUCCUGCGUCCGCAUCCUCCUCUGCCGCCCCUUCUAUCGUCGCCAGCGCCGGCGCUUCACCCGCCAAGCAGACGAAGAAGAAGGCAACAAAGGAGAAGCUCGACAUCAGCUCUCUCGAAGCCUUUCCCACCCUCGGGGGCCUUUCCACCAAGGCCGCCGGCGGCCCGGCCUCCGUUUGGGGCGCUCCUGGCGCCAAAUCGGCGACUGCCACCAAGAAGGAAGUUGCGCGUGCUCCCCUUGCUGCCCGAUCGUCGGACGUGGUCGAGAUUUUCACUGUCAACAUUCCUGCGCAGUCACGCAGCCGCUCGAUCUUCACUGAGAUCGUAGCGAAGGCUAAGAGCAUUAAGGGCGUUACCUCUAUCGAGAGCUCAACAAGCGGUCUCAAUGGUUCAACGACGUUCAUCAUCAAGGGAAAGAGCGCAUCUAUCCCAGAGGCUCGACGAGAGCUUAUUCGUGGUCUUACUCCAAAGGUCACGGAAACCAUCGCGGUACCCAACAGCGUUCGACCAUAUAUCAUCGGUACCGGCGGACGAACCCUCAAAGGUAUACAGCAGCGGACCACGACUAAGGUUCAGGUUCAGAAGAAGGAUGACGGUGAAUAUGUCAAACCUGAGUUUGCCGACGAGGAAGAGUCUACCGACGUCACCAUCGAGGGUGAUAUCGACGGCGUUGCACUUGCAAAGGCGGAGAUUUUGGCGAUCGUCAACGAGCGAACCAAGAACCUUGCUGUCAGACUGAAGACUAUAAGCGCCGAUUACUUCCCGUUCUUUGCUACCAAGGUUUCAGAGCUGGAGGAUGGAAAGGAUGUCAAGGUGAAAGUUCCGGCUGCAUUCUCUUCAGGCGACAGCCUCUCGAGCUUCAUCGUUCUUUCUGGUGAUCGUGAAGCUGUUGAGGAGACCAAAAACAAAAUGGAGCUUAUGGCUCAGGAGUUGAAGAGUACUUAUGUGCAGGCCUCUACUUCGGUGCCGCCAAACAGAAAGCAGUUCGUCGACGGGGCAAAGAACAAGCAGGAAAUUUUCGAGAAGACUGGAUGUCUGAUCAAAAUCGGAAGCAGCGAUGUCAUUGAUAUUCUGGGACCGCGAGAGAGCAUCGGCGAUGCGAUCAGUCUAGUUGCCGAGAAGGCAAACUCAUUUGCUGUCGACAGCCUUAUAAUCUCGAAGGCUCACGGCAAAAACCUGCCUCACGCAAUCUCUCUGUCAAAGUAUUUCGAGGCCACCAAGAAACUGGGAGCCAUCGAGGCCGAAAACAGUGUGCAGAUCAAGCUUUCGCCUGGCGUUUCUGAGGAAGUCAAGUACGAAAUCUCCAGUCGUUCUGAGCCUGAGAUCAAGAAGGCUCGCAAGAGCAUAAUUGAUCUCGUCAACUCGAUUCCUCCCCUCAGAGUCCGCACCUGGGCCAGCUCGGACCCGCUUCUUCACCGCUUCAUUGCUCGCUCUGCUGACAAGCACGCGAAGAAGGUGAGGGAACAGUACGGCGUGGUCGCGAUCAUCCCUGCCGUUACCGGCGAUAUCCUCCUGGUCUACGAGGGUAAGGAGGAUGAUGAGUUUGGCCCGGAAGAGAAUGAGGUCAAGAGCAGUCUCGAAGGUGCGAGCGCCUACUUUGAUGGGCUCAAGACCGCGUUCAGUGGCGUGGCAUCUAAGACCCUGAAGAUUCCGGCUAAGCAGCACAAGUUUAUCAUCGGGCCCAAGCGGUCGACUAUCAACGCUCUCACUGGAUCCGAUUCCGCGAUUGAGAUUUUGCUUGGUGUGAGCGACGAUUACCCUGGUUCGACAGAGGACAGUGUGAUCAUCAUCGGACCUUCCAGCGAGAUUGACUCAGUUGCGAGCAAGAUCAAGGAAAUCGUUGAGGAAGCUAGCACACAGGAGAUCCUUAGCAGCUUUACUGUUACCUUCCCGUUCCCGCAGAAGUUCUCAAGCCAGCUUAUUGGCAGGGGAGGAUCAAACAUCUCCAAAUACAGAGACGAGCUUGGUGUUAAGAUUGACGUCGAUGAUUCGGGUAACGUUUCUAUCAAGGGUAUCAAGAACAAUGUUCUUGAAGCUCAGUCUAGAAUGUUGGCCCUUGCCAAGCGAUUGGAGGACGAGGUCGUCUUGAGACUCGCAGUUCCCAACGAGCACCAUAGCGCCUUGAUUGGCCAAAAGGGAAAAUUCGUCCGUCGUAUUGAAGAUCGCUACGAGGUGCGAGUGAACUUCCCUCGCGCGUCUGAUUCUUCAGAGCCCAGAGACAAGGAGCCUUCAGAAUUCAUGCCGAAGAGCAAGGACGAGAUCGUCAUCCGUGGGCCAUCGAAGGGAGCUGCCAAGGCUCGCGAAGAGUUGCUCGAGCUUUACAAGUACGAGGCUGAGAACGGGUUCACGGAGACGAUGUCUGUGCCUCGCAAGGCUUUGGCGAGAGUGAUUGGUCGGGGCGGCGAGCAGAUCAACGAGAUCAUGGACGAGACCAAGACGAAGAUUGACAUCAACCAGGAAGGAAGCGAUGUCGAGAAUGUGAAGAUCACGGGAACGGAGAAGGGCGUGAAGAGCGCAAAGACACAGAUCGAGCAGAUAGUUUCUGAUGUCGAGUCUUCCACGAGCGAGACGCUUGAGGUUCCCAAGAAGUUCCAUCGGGACUUGAUUGGACCGAAGGGUGCUACCUUGACGGAUAUCGUUGCGACCGCGACAGGCGACGUGAAGAACGCGAAGAACCAGCAGCAAGGAAGAAUUAUCAGGAUCCCGCCCGCGAGCUCUCCAGACACGAAGAUCGUGGUGAGCGGACACAAGGAUGUGGUGGCCAAGGUGAUUGCCGAGAUCAAGCGCCGCGUCGAAGAUUUCAAAGACCGGGUCGAGGAAGUUAUCGAAGUCGAGCAGGAUAAGCACAGAUUCCUGAUCGGACGGGAGGGCGCGAUCAAGAAAUCGAUCGAGAGCGAGAACGGGGUCGAGCUUUGGGUUCCGCCGCAGGGAACUACGAAGGAGGUGAAGAUCGUGGGCAAGAAAGAAGCGGUUGAGAAAGCAAAGGCAAAGAUUGUCGAGUUGACUACAAAGAAGACAAACGGAAGAAAAUCAAAGUCGGCGACGCCGCAGGCGGAGGAGAAGCCUGUUGAGGCGUAAAUUCUCCGACACAGAUUGUCUUGAGAGCGACAGGAAAUCCCAGACAAGAAAAACAAGCAUACAUGAAUUCGAUUGAUGUUUCUAGAAUACCUUGUGUGUGAGUGUUUGCAAUUCCCUGUUUUCUUUUUUCGUUUUUUUAUCUUAUUUGUCGUUUGUUGAAUCCGUCGUUCUGCGCGUCACUUGUAUCUAUAUCAAAGUCUUUCCGAAUUUUUGUCGACCCACAUAUCCUGCUUUUUCUCUUAUUUUUUCAGCCUUUUUUUUUUCUUUUGGAAGGAGGUAACUAUAGUGAAGACUUGCGG